AUGGCCGACCUUCCCAAGAAAUACUUGGAUCCUGAGGCCCGCGAAGACCAUCACGUCGACGAACAAGAAGAUGGCACGAUCGAAGCCUUGGGAUAUGGAGUUUCAUAUCGUCGCGUGCUGAAGACCAUAGCCAACGUCUGCUGGGUCCUUUCCCUUACGUCGCCCGCCGGUGCUAUCCUGGUCGUAUCCUCUUAUCUGGUAACAUAUGGUGGAUUCUUUGGUCUUGUUUGGGGCUGGAUUAUCCCCAGUUUUCUACUCUUACCCCAGGUUCUUGCUGUAGGAGAGCUUUGCUCCUCCAUGCCCGUUAAUGGAGCUACAUACUGGUGGACUGCCGCCCUGGCACCGCCAUCCAUGUCCCGAUCUCUCUCGUUCAUAUCUGGCUGCACAACUGUUGUCUCUCUCUUCACGGCAGUGGCCAGCUUUGCGUACGCUUGUUCAUCAAUCCUCGUCACGUGUGCUUUCAUCACUGGCAGUGGCUGGAUGCCGAAUCAAGCGCAACAGAUGGGUGUGGCAAUGGGCAUCGUCGUCAUCUGGGUCAUUGGCAUGUCGAUGCAGUUGGACAAAGUCGGCAAUUGUUCCUCUUCUGCAGACGCUGGCGUUCGUGAUCGGCCUCCCCGCCGCACAUGCAGCCAGCGGAGACUCGUUUGCAUCCGCAGCCAAUGUCUUUGGCUCAUAUACAAACUAUUCGAACUGGGGUCAGGCUGUUGCUGUGCCUAUGACAUGGUUCGCUGCCGUCUGGACCAACUCUGCCUGGACAGCCCCAGCGUACAUGGUUGA